CGCGUACUACGCCAGUUUGGGUUGCAGCAGGUUACUCCCGGACCUUGUGAUACAUCUGUGGAUUUGCACAAGAUUGAUAGACGGGGGAAGCACACUGAAGAUUGGGGGAUGCGCCAUAUUCAGUAUAUCACUAUGUGGGAUGAUAGAGCGGCGUAUAUAGUGGACGGGAUCCCAUCUUUAGUCCCCACAGCUUCUGUAGACUACAUGACAUGGUAUUACACCAUCACACGAGUGUUUAUCUCUCCCAGUUUUCGUUUACCCACUGAUCAUUACCAGCCUAGCUCAGUCGCUCUUCAUAUGACGACACGGGCUUUGCGUAGCAUCCAUGACAGAGCGACUGCUAUACUUGAUGAGGCGGUAGAUGUACAGGGAUACCAUGACGCUUGUUCAGGCAUUGUUUCACUGUGUGCUGAUGUAUUGGGUCGAGUCGAUUAUGGAUAUAUGGCCGCGUCUCAGCAUUCCACUGCAUCUACAUCCGCAGCAGGGUCUUCUCAGGCAGUCCGACGUGAUAGAGUUGUUCUUCAGCCUCGUAACCAGCGCAGACGUCCCCGAGCACAACUACAUGAGCUUCAUGAUGAUGAUGAUCACGUUGAGUUAUGAUAUUUGUAUUUCACUUAUUGUGUGAAAGUUGUAGUAUGCACUAGCAGAUCGAAUCAUUUUGGGAUACACCAGAUUUAUUAUAACUUUUAUGGAUCAUACUCAAUUUUGUGGUGUACUGAUUCCGUUUGUGAAAGUCUCAUAAUAUGAAGUUUCAUUCAUUCGUUUUGUGUUUUGGAUGUAUGUUGUAAUGUAGUUUCAUUGAUUCGUUUUGUGUUUCGGGUAUAUGUUUUCUUAGUAAAUCAUAUGUUUGGUUGUUUUUUUUUUUACUGGAAUGUACUUUGAGUCUCUGAUGAGCACAUAAUCUGGUUAUUAUAGGUUAUUACAGGUUUAGUUGUUUAAAUUGGUGGUUAUUAUAGGUUAUUACAGGUUUAGUUGUUUAAAUUGGUGCUGCAGCAGGUACGUUUAACAAGAGCCGCC